CGCCGGGCGAACUGGACAGCAUCCAACUCGUGACAGUGCUGGAGCAAAUAUUGUUUCGUCUGCAACCUAAAGACGCGACUUCGUCAAGUGACCGCGACGAACGGACGGGAGUCGAACACGAACACGGCCGCACACAAGCGGGGAGGCCUGUUGGGGCCGUCGUGGUUGGUCACAUUGAUUCACAACAGACUUUGGCCAGGCUUGCGCUUGCACUCGCAAUCAUGCAGCGGGUCAACCGGCGGGCGGAGGCACGGUAUCUGCCAGUCCUCGAGGAGAUUGCAAAGUGGGCCCCGUCGAACUCCAUGAAAUCUAGCCAAAUGCAGAUAGCCGCAGAGUGGACUCCGGACAACAUGACGCUUCUCGCGCGGGCCUUCGCGGCAGCGCGUCCCCCUGGUAAGUUCACGCAAAUCGUGUUCCAGAUUGAGCAGGCUGCGCACAACGGGGGCUGGGCCGGGUUUGAGCGCAGGCACUUUUGCCACAUGGUGCUAACGUUCGGGGAGUUUGUUCCACGUGGUCAAGGUCCAGGACGAGUUCGCAACAGAAGAAACGUCCUGGCAAGACUCGCCAGGCUCCGAGACGCCCAGACGGGACACGACCAGGGUGCCGGCUCGGGGUCCACCGCUUGCGCUGCCUCCUCGACUGCCACCUCCCUGGCGCCUGCAGGUGCUGUUGGUCCGUCGUCUUCAGGAGACGAGGAGGGCCGCUCUGCGAGCCAUAGCCUGGGCAUGUCAGGUGGCGGAGCAGGGAUCCGGCCGAGCGAGUCUACAGCGGGCUGCCCCUACCCAGUUUCGGAGUCGGGGAACGGAGAAGGAGGCCAAGAAAGUGGCAGCCGACGCGAGCCGGAAAGCGAGGCGAGUUGCAGCUUCGUCCGCACUUUCUCGAGCUCUGUACGCGAUGGCAACACGUCUGAUGUGGAAGUAGAUUCUCCUGUGGUCGGGUGUUUUUGGGGUUUAGGGUUGCCGGAUGUGCCGGGCACCAAUUUCGGAGAAGGCCUACCCCCCUCCGAAGCAAAGGAGGCAGUGCGUGGAGCCCUGGCAGCGCUGGAGCGACAGGGGGCCCAAGAAGAAGCUGCAGAAAGGAAAACCUGGGGCCCCACCAAUGGACUAAGCACUCUGCACGAACAGUUUCUGACAAGGCCGACCCAAGAUGGUACGCCCCUCCAAGAUUUGCCGCUUUUCCGUUUUCGGUUUAACCAAUUCAUAGAAGAUCUCCUGGCCCCGAGGAGAUUUCAGUAAAGGAUGAAGCUCUCGAGGGUAGUAUUACGGCGCCGCGGGAAAGACUAGACAACAGCCUGCGCAGCUCAGCACCAGUUCGGAUCAGAAAGAGUAUAGCAAUGAGGCGCAUUGUUAUUUUUUGAUAUUAUGUGCUCGCCUGAAGAAGGCUUCUUCAAGAAGCGAACACACAAUGACUGGAUAUUUUGCGAUAGCGAGCCCGGCCCCACUAUCUUAAAGCAGGGCUCGCUCAGCCUGGAUUGUUUGAUAUCUUAAUCUUGCUGCAGUAUUUUUACUCAUUUCUCUUUCAUGCUCAGCGCAAAAAAGAUGGACUUCCACCGGCCGCCUUGUCUUGUUGGCGGAGCGCAAUUAUAUACGUCGUAUGUAUAACUAUAAUAGCUCCUGCCACUGCCUUUUCCGUACGGGACCAGGAUCCAGCUCCUGCCUUUUCCGUAUGGGACCCCGUGGCCAGAAGUAUCCACACAUGCGCCGCGCCCAUUCCAGUUAGGGUCCAUUUUCGCUUUUCUUCUUCUCUUCAACUCAACACGACAGGCUAAGCACUCAAAUUCUCGCAGUUCGCUCCGGCUACAGUGACCUACUCAAACUUCUAUUUUGAUUUUACAUAACUAGGUAGUGUUGCGCCUUUCUGAAGCCUGGGUUGAUUGAAGGCUUCGGCUUUCCUUCUCUCAGGCAACUCCCCGAGCUCGUUGGUUCACAGCUAAGAAGGGUUUUGUUUCUUCGAGCUCUGGUGGUGAUAUGUUGAAACAUUAUUCACCAGCCAUUUACAAACAGGAGCAUAGAUAGUACGUUCAGACAGUUACUCGCUCGCCUAAAGAAGCGAGCACCCGAUUGAUUUUACAUAACUAUAUAGCAAUAAUUCUGUACAGACAACCCGUGAAAACAGUGUACGAUGUAUUCGGAGGAAACAAGAUGUACGUAUUCGGAAGGUUUUUCCUAAAUGUGCCUUCAAUUUUGGAGGAGAAUUACAGCUACAGUUAGAACACUUUCAGGGCCUAGAAUCGAGGAAGAAGGAUUGAGGCUACAACAUUGAAUGUUGCGUAGCCGUUGCUAAUCCGAAUGUUGAACAUUCGGAUUAGCGACGGCUACGGUGCUUCUUACACUUUCCUUUCUAGAAAACAGCCAUUGUUUUCGUAAUUUUUGGAGGCGAUGCAAUGAAGAAAAAAAGGAACACUGAGAUGGAAAGUAUUUUUCCGUGUAUAAUUGAUGGAGAUGGUGUAUGAUUGGUGUUUGAAAAUG